AUGCAGUCGAGCGACCGUUUUGACGUGAACAAGACACUCGACGAGAUAACUGCCGGGAACAGGGCUUUGAAGCGUCAACGCUCGGGCGGCCGUAGCAGUCGUGGUGGCAUCGAGGGCCGUUCAGAGCACGACAUAAUGGGACCCCGCUCGGAACGGCUGAGUGCUGCAAAGGCCAACGAGUUCAGCGCGAAAUACAAGAAUACGGCUAUUGAUGGCAAGCCGAUCCAGAUAACAGUGGUUUUCCCUCACGAACGGUUCAAAUUCACUACGGGCAGCCAAGGCGCAACGUCUUCACAGAACUUAGGAAUAGAGAUUCGGCCGCAACAAGUAGUUAUGGCGCACAGCCCGCUUAGGAUGUUUACGCAAUUCCAUGACAAGCACGUGCUCGUCGUCGGCCAGGGGCCUGUAAAUACCAUAGCUCAAAACCUUGGGUUCAACAAUGUGAUAACCCUCGACGACCUGCGCGGUUUAUUCCCCCACCUCGACUGCGUGGACUUCUCGAGGCGACGAUUCGACGAGUUGAACUGGUCGCCACCAAAAAAUUUCGCCCCAAUCGAUGCUAUCGUCCUUUUGGGCGAACCGUUGCACUGGGAAUCGGCGUUACAAUUCCUAUUGGAUGUGCUGAUCACGGACGGUGAUCCAGCCGGCCUCAAAUACAAGCGUGGCAACGUCACCCAUUCGAAUCUUCCGCUUCUUGCGUGUAACGUCGACAUGGUGUGGAUGGCCGAGAAGGGCGUCAAUUUGCCAAGAAUUGGUCACGGCAGCUUUUUGACGUGCCUGGAGGCGAUGUACUCAAGAUUAAUGGGGAGGGACUUGAAAUAUACGGCAGUCCUCGGCAAGCCAGCAGAAGUUUCCUACCUGCACGCCACGCAUUGCCUUCAAGAUAUGGCUUUUGACAUGAAGCGCCCGGCACCGAAGACCAUCUACGUUAUUGGUGACAACCCGCUGUCGGACAUCCUCGGCGCCAACCUGUACAACCGCUACCUUCAGCACGGCGGCCGAGCACGAUUCGACCACAUCGAGCUCGCCAGCUGGAGGAGCAGUCGCCGGACGACAAGCCUGUCGAGCAUCGCGGAGCGAACCGAGCUCGAGAUGCCCGGCUUCGUCGAGCCCGAUCUCUUCGCCGCCGUCGAGAUGAUCCUCCAGCGCGAGCAAGGUGGUCGCCUUUCGAUCGUGCUGCAGAAGGUGUUCCUCGACACGGCCACCGCGCCCAUGUUUUCCGGGACGACGAUCAUUGGGACAGCCCUGCUGGAGGGGAAAACGCUACGCUCGGCGGUGAAGGAGUACUGCACCAAGUACCCGCAAAUCUUCAUCCUCGACCUGUGCACCUGGCCCCCGUUCCAGUUCAUCAACUUUUGGUUCUUGCCGAACCAGUGGCGUGUGCUGUACACGAACGUCAUCCAGUUAUGCUACAACACGGUCAUGUCGUACAUCAAGCACCACGACGAGAAGCUCUUCAAAUUUAUC